AGUCUGUGCUCUGGCUGCUGCGCUGCAGAGAGAGGCGUGGGCUCGUCAGGCGUGGCGGCCACCGAUAUACGCAGCUUCUCUCCGCGCGCCUCGUCUCGACGUCUGCACCUGGACCGCGAGGCCGAGCGAGCGAGAGAGAGAGAGAGAGAGAGAGCGCAACACACCUCGUUCGAUUUUGACAUGGACCGACUGGUGCGACGGCGAGUCUAGUGCGUGCGUGCCGAGAGAAGUGCGGUCGCGCGAGAGGAUGUGAGCGAGCGAGGGAAGAAGCGGCGGCCGCCAAUCGAUUCGCGAGCAGCAGUAGUUAAUUGUUCCGCGCGGCGUUUAACAACCACAACAACAACGCGGCUGGGAGAGAUGAUCGCCGAGGAGGACACGCCGCUGCUUGCGACGACGACGAAGCGCCGCCACCUUCUGCUUAUCGAUUGCCUCCCGGCUGCCGCCACCGCUUGUUUAUAGAACUCUCGGGAGGAUAUACUUCUCUGUGUGUGUGGCUGCGCGUGCGGCCCUGCCACUGAGCACUUCCUUAUUUUUUCCUCAUCCGCAGCUCGCUGUGUGUGUGUGUGUGUACACAUACGCGCGAGCUGCGCCUAUAUGUGACACACCGACUUCAGUCGAAGAUUAGAUAGCGAGGAGGAAGAUGCUCCGAUCGUGUUACGCUGCGCGGAGGGCUACUCCACCUCAUCCUGUGCAGUUUGUUACUUUCGUUGUUGCCAUCGACUGAUGUAAAUUUUUAUCGCUCAUGGAAAUUCCGACUGACACGAAUUUUACACGCUAUAUAUGAUAUUAGAUUAUAUACUAUAUAUAAAGAAGAUAUACUCCGUGGAGCAUUUAUGUAGAGGUAGACACACAUAAAUAUAUAAAUAUAUAUAUACAUACAAAAAUACAUUAUAUAUAUGGUUCGAUAUUAAAGCAAUCGACACACGAGGGCUCUAACGCGUAAGGAUAAACACAGAAGUCUAUAUAUACACAAAUAUUGAAUAUAUUGAAGAGUAUAUAAGAGAGAGGAAGAGGCACUAUAAGAAAAAUUAUAUACACAGCUCUAUAAUAUACAAACAGAUAUUCGACGUUAUCUCAAUUACUAGUAUAUAGAGUGUAGAGGGAAAAAAAUUGUUGUUUCGUGUGUACAAGUACCGUCGGCGAGAUGUUCAAGUGUUGCGUGUGCCACGGCAAGACUUCGCGGCGAACGAGCGAGGAGGACGACGAGGAGGAGUCGAGCGAGGAGUCGAGCUCCUCGUCCUCGUCCUCGUCCUCAUCCUCAUCCUCCUCCGACGACAAGGAAGAGGACGAGGAGGAGAGGCAGAUCGAGGAGGAGCUCGCCCAGAAAUUCAAGUGCCAAAGCCCGGCGAAGGACGAGCAGCCGGUCCUGAAGGAGCAGCCGGUCAACGGGCAGAACGGACAGCUCCCGGAGGAGACGGUCCAGGUCGAGCUCAACGGCGACGUCCGCGGCCUCCGGGACGAGAUCAGCAAGAAGGCCAUCGACCGGGACGCCGUCAAGGAGGACGUCGUCGAGAUACUCAACAACGCCGUGAAGAUCGUCCAGGAGAUCCGCCGCGGCGAGCGAGAGAGGCUGGAGAAGAUCAAGGAGGAGGCGGAGACGGCCGAGCAGAGCAGGAACGCCUCGCCCGCCGUCGUCGACGAGGAGCUCGAGGAGAAGCCGCCGGCGCCAGCGGACGAGGCACCGAUAGAGGAGCCGGAGGAGAGGAAGCCGGAACUGCGAAAACUCGAGAGCGACGAGACCGAGGAAGACGCGGUCACGGUAAUAGAGGAGGCCGCCGAGCCGGAGAUCGAGUGCGAAAUCAAAAGGGACUCGGAGCCCUCGGAGCCGAAGAGCAAGACCGACCAAAUCGAGGAGAUGAUAAUCGAGGAGCUGAUCAACGAACUGAACGAGGAGGCCGAUAAUGUCCAGGAACUCAAGGAAAUCAUCGAGACUGUCAACAGCGGCAGUCAGCAGCUGUCUGUCCAUUCGAGCAACGAACAAAUCACGAGUAGCAGCAGCACGACCCCCCUGCCGCCGGCGCCCGCGGACGAAAGUAGCCCCAGCCCCAGCCCAGCGCCGCCGGACGAGCAGGAGGACGACCAGCCACCCCCGCCGCCCUUCUGCGAGCUCGAGAUAGUCGAGGAGCUCAAGAAGACCGAGGUCCGCAAGCUCGAGGAGCCCGCCGAGCCGGAGGUCGUCGAGGAGACGAUACCCUACACCGUCAACGGCGGCGACCUGCUCAACAUCCCGCCGCCCGUGACCCCGCCACCCGAGGAGGACUCCGACAAGAGCCACACCGAGAUGGACUUCCCGACCCCGCCGCCCAUCGACUUCGACAUCGCCGAGCAGCCCGAGGAGGAGGAGGAGGAGGAGGAGUCCCAGCAACAGCAGCAGCCAAACCAGGCGCCGCCGGUACCGCCCUGGGACGACGAGGAGAUGAGCAUCCCCCCGGCCCCGGUGCACCAGUUCGACAACCUGCUGCCGGUGUUCAACCGGCAGGACUCCAAGGGACCCUCCUCCCCGGGCAGCAAGAGUCUGCCCAGCCCGCCGAGUCCGCCGUCGUCUGGCAGCGACCCCGGCGCCGAGACCGAGGUGGAGUCCAAGAGCAGCAGCGACGAGCAGACCACCACCACGACCACCGCCAAAGUCGUGCCCUGCGGUUCGAAGACGGCCUACAUCGAGCGAACCAUCGACGACGGCCCGGACGAGGAGGGCGACGACUCGGUAUUCGAGUCGGCAUCGCUGGCCAAAGAUCCCGAGACGCCCAAGGACAUUCCGCCGCGGCCAGUUCCGCCGGUGCCGCGAUGGCUGUCGCAAGAGGACGACGAGCCGGAGAACAACGGGGUCUCGGAGGGCUUCGGCGGUAUGCAGGAGCCGCCGGCAACGCCUGUAGCUCGUGACGAGCUGGCCAUGCGCAGGCACAGGUUCUUCUCGGAUCUGCUGCAAGCGGCACGCAGCACGGCCGAGCAUCGCGUCAGCUUCGAUCCCCUGGGACCUUUGGUGCAUCCCGGCUGUGAACACGACGACCGCGAGGAGCACCUGGAGGAGCUGGUGAAUCGUCUGGAGAGCGUAACCAAGCGACUGGAGCAGGUAUCGACGCAUCCGCAUCAAGCAUCCCUACCACCACCCGUACAGACACAAGAGAUCGCAGUACAGACCAAGUCUCCGUCGCCCGAACGUUCGCUUUCGCUGACAGAGGAGCUACCGCCCGAGGAGGUAUCGCAGUCGUCUUCGAGCUCUCGUGAGUCUACGGUUUCAGUCCCCUCCGUUGUCGAGGUAGUCAGAAGCAUGUCGGUCGCCGGCUACGAGGACCUGAUGGCUGGUCCGGUCCAGGACUACAUCCAGCUUAGCCAGAAGAUCGGUGGCGAUGUUGCUACUCACUGCAAACUCGUCGACAAGGCCUUCCAGAUCCAGCUUCAAUUCUUGAAGACGGCGGCGUCGCGACCAGCGCCUUCCAACCAGACGGAGCAGGUUUCGCUGCUCGGGCCGACCUCUACGCAGAUCCAGGAGAUUCAGGAGUUCCGCGAGAAGCACAGGGGCUCGCCCUUCUUCAAUCAUCUGUCGGCUAUCAGCGAGAGUAUACCCGCUCUGGGAUGGGUCGCAGUAUCGCCAACCCCGGCACCCUACGUCAAGGAGAUGAAUGACGCCGGACAGUUCUAUACCAAUCGCGUGCUCAAAGACUGGAAGGAGAAGGACAAAACGCACGUCGAGUGGUGCAAGGCUUGGGUGAAAACAUUGACAGACCUCCAGCAGUUUGUCCGACAGCAUCAUACUACGGGAUUGGUGUGGGCAAAAACUGGAUCUGCACCGGCUGGCGGUGUACCACCUCCGCCACCACCGUGCAUGAUGCCAAUGGCCGACCCUGCGCCAGUUAUCAAUGACGACAGGAGUGCGCUCUUUGCCGAAAUCAACCAAGGCGAAAAUAUCACAAAAAAUUUAAAAAAAGUUACUUCAGAUAUGCAAACACAUAAGAAUACUAAUUUAAGAACGGGACCAGCUCCAUUCAAAGCUCCAGUAGUAAGUAAUAAUACAGGAUCACCAGUCAAGACAACGCUUCCAGCUAAUGCACCUAUUGAUAAGCCACCAGUUUUCAUGCGCGAUGGUAAAAAAUGGCUGAUUGAAUAUCACAAAGGAAACAAAAACAUCGUAGUUGAGAACACCGAGAUGAACAAUGUUAUCUACGUGUUCCGCUGCCAAGAUAGUUCUGUAGUAAUCAAAGGCAAAGUUAACUCUGUUGUUAUGGAUUCCUGUCGCAAAUCUGCAGUUGUCGUUGACUCGGUAGUAGCAAGCAUUGAAUUUGUGAAUUGUCAAAGUGUUCAGAUGCAGGUACUUGGAAAAGUUCCGACAAUUUCUAUUGACAAGACUGAUGGGUGUCAAAUGUUUCUCAAUAAGGAUACGCUGGAUGUUGAACUGAUUACAAGCAAGUCCAGUGAGAUGAACGUUAUGGUACCCAUAGGAAAUAAUGACUAUACGGAGUAUCCUGUUCCAGAGCAAUUCAAAACAAAAAUCACCGAAAAGGGACUCAGUACGGUCGCCGUAGAUUCGCUGGGAUAAAUUGAAGUAAUUUAUUUAGUUCAAACAAAUAAUCAAUUUAUAUUUUAUCAUUUGCUAAAGAUAAUUAUCGUCUGAUUAUUAAUUUAUUUUCUUUAAAUCUUGUGGGCAGGUAUAGCCCUAGGCUUGCGAAAGAUCACGUGAUUUCUAAACUUUCUAUACGUUCAUUAACUCUUAUUUGGAGCAGUGAAUUGCUUUUAUCUGUGUUUAAAUCGAUCCCUAAUCGUGUAUGUAAUGCGAAGUUUUUAUCGAAUGUUUUUAUCAAACGAUUGUGCAAAAUUUUUAAUUAACAUGAAUUUUGUUCUUAGAUAAAAGUGAAAAAUCGAAAAAACUUUUUAUCGAAAAAAAUAAAUACUCGUAUCAAAGACGUGAGAUUAUGAAUUUAGAACCAUGUGGCGAAAAUUUAGUAACUUUGAAUAUACCAUUGCAAUUUGGAUACAAGUUCCGAGUCUUUUCGCCUCCACUUUUAUACAUUUACAGUUUUGUAUUACUAUCCUCGACACUUUUGUCAGUGGGAAUUGAAAGUUUGUAUGCCUAGGAAUUUUACAAGUAUUGUAAACUAAAUCGAUUUUCGAAAGCAAUCGAAGAACUAUCUGAUGCUUCUAAAUUCCAAUGGUGCAGAAUGAUUUUGACUCUUUGACACAUGCUAAUCCUAGAUACCUAUAAUCUAGCGUUAAAAAAGUUGCCUAAGACUAUUUAAAAGUAAAAGAGUAAUAGUAAAAGUACACGAAAAGAUUGUACUUUAAUAAGUAGCAAUAUCGGAUUAACUUGCAAGUCUUGUAAGGACGACAAGGACGAUUCUAUGCUUUGAAGUUCAUAGCAUAAGUGAUUAUAGUCCAUCUGUUAACCCUUAUUACUUUUAUCAAAUCUUCAGUACCUUCAGAGUAACACGAAAAUCAUUGUGAAAUUUUAAAUAUCUUUUAACUACUUUCAGCAAUGUUUUGUCUAUGAUCUUGAUCUCUUAAUAAAAAUCAUUGAACCAAUA